AACACGUGCUCACGUAUGGACAAAAGGAAUGGAGUCCUCAAUUUCAAGUUUGUACAACAGACAUCAGAUCACACCAUAUAUAAGUAGUGUUCAUGGAAAUCACUUACACUCAUCAUAUCAUCUUCUCAAUCAAAACCACAUGCCAAACACCACUCAGCAAUUCCCAAUCAACAACAUCAACUUCAACAAAGAUUCCCUGCAUGUUUCCCUUCGCAACCUCUCCCAACUCAGCACACGAAUGGAUUCGCUUCAGAGCUUUGUCUCCCAAUCCAUUCAAUCUCACACUCUCCUCACACACCACCAAAUGAACAUCGUAUCCAACGAGAUCCUAACCGCAAUUCGCCACGUCAUCACCAACGGCGCAGCCUUAGUCGCAGCGUCGGAGGACGUGCUUUCCCUUUCGGAGACUCCCACGUCCGAAUACUCUCCCAACCAAACAAACGUGGUGGAGCUGGACGCGAUGGAACUCCUGGCGCAGCACCUCCACUUCUGCGAGGUGUGCGGGAAGGGCUUCACGCGCGAUGCCAACCUUAGGAUGCACAUGCGCGCCCACGGGGACGAGUUCAAGACUGCGGACGCGCUCUCGAGCAGGGCGCGUGGCGAGAAGCGUGGGAAAACGACGCGGUUCUCGUGCCCCUUCGAAGGAUGCAACCGCAACAAGACGCACAAGAAGUUCAGGCCGUUGAAGUCGGUGUUCUGUCUGAGGAAUCACUUCAAGAGGAGCCACUGUCCCAAAACGCUGUCGUGCGAGCGGUGUCGGAAGAAGAGCUUCGCGGUGCUCUCGGACUUGAGGAGUCACAUGAAGCAAUGUCGGGGAGAGGCCACGUGGAAGUGCUCGUGCGGAACCACGUUUUCGCGGAAGGACAAGUUGUUCGGACACGUGGCGCUGUUCGAGGGGCAUUUGCCUAUGCUUGAAGAGGAGAAGGAGACCUCGGCGGCGGCGGCGGCGGCGGUGGUGGAAGGGUUGGUGAAGGAAAGUGACGGUGGUUUGGAUGGGUUACCUGAAGGGUUCUUCGAUGGGUUGGAUGAAUUUGGGUUUGGUUCCACUGCAAGCACCUCUUCACCGGAAAAAACUUCGCCUUGGGGUUUCCCACAAAUAGAAACUCAUUUCUAAUUUAAUCAAAAGAGAUUUAUUGCAAGUAUUUUAUGUACUUGUUAAGAAAAAUAAAAAGGAAUAAAUAAUAGAAAAAGAUCCUUGUUCAUCGAACA